AUGCAGAAUGGAGAUUUUAGACGACCCAAUAAAGUGUUGAGGUACAAACCCAUUGAUCCGCAGUCACCAAUGUCACUUGCCGAUGAUCCAGUUCCAGAGUAUAUGAAUGUGCUAGGAAUGGUUUUCAGCAUGUGCGGAUUAAUGAUGAGGUUAAAAUGGUGUGCCUGGGUCGCUUUAUUCUGUUCAUGUGUUAGUUUUGCAAACUCGAGAUCUUCUGACGACAGUAAGCAGAUCAUCAGCAGCUUUAUGCUAUCAGUGUCUGCCAUUAUGAUGAGUUAUCUGCAACAUCCGCAACCAAUUAUACCACCAUGGGCGAAUCUUUUGUGA